CCACUGAUUAUUAGAGAGAGCCAGCCAGCCAGGGGGUAGGGUUGCUCAAAUUUGAAAGCAAAAAAAAGAAAGAGAAGAAAUGGCGAUUUCUAUGAUGCGAUCUGCUCUACUUCGAAACUCUCUUCGCAGCGCCUCCAAACCCUCUGCUCCUACUAGACGAGGCUUUUCAUCCUCUGCCCAUCACGACGAUGCUUACGAGGCUGCGAAGUGGGAAAAGAUAACGUACUUGGGUGCUGCGAGCUGCACUAUCUUGGCCAUUUAUAACUUAUCAAAGGGUCAUCCUCACCACGAAACCCCUCCUGAGUACCCAUAUUUGCACAUUCGCAACAAGGAGUUUCCAUGGGGACCAAAUGGACUCUUUGAGGUUAAGGAGGACCAUCACUGAGACUUUUGUAUUGGAUGGAAGUAUCUGAAAGUACUUUUGUUUAUCACAUUCCUACCAUUUUCUCAGAAAGAUCGAUGAGACAACCUUGGAUCUUUGAAUUUGAUUUUAGCACUUAAGUUUUAUGGCUUUGCAUGUUGGAAUUUCUUUUCUGUCCCAUUGUCUGUUACCUGUUAAGUGCUCAAAAUAAACGAAUGACAUGAAAUA